CGGAGGAGAGAUAACGUUAGAGAGCUCGGAUGAUGCUUCAAAUCACACAUUUUCCAUGCUUUUCAUUCGCAGAAAAGCAGUGACAGAUACAUUUUAGAUGAAUGUGACAGAAGAACAGUUGAUCCAACCAGAUUCUUGAGACAAAAACACAUGGCAAGAAGAACAAGGAUGUUUUUGACAUUUCCUGGUAUAGUGGUUGUCUGUCUGCAUCUUCUGGGUGGCUCAAUGGAGACAGCCAAUGAAGUAGACCCAUACAAGAUUCUUGGAGUGACCAAAAGUGCAAGUCAAGCUGAAAUCAAGAAAGUGUACAAGCGCCUAGUUAGGGAAUGGCAUCCGGACAAAAACAAAAAUGAAGGCGCUGAAGAUAUGUUCAUCAAGAUUACCAAAUCUUAUGAGAUAUUAUCCAAUGAGGAGAAGAGAACCAACUAUGACCGGUAUGGCCAGACUGAUGACACCCAGCCGUAUGGUCAUGGUCACUAUGGUCACCGCCACGACCACUUCUACUUCGACGAGUCCUUCUUCCACUUCCCAUUCAACAAUAAGGGCAACCGGGAGUUUGCCGACAGCAAGUACGCUCUGCACUUCAACCAGUAUGUGAAUGACGUGGUGCCUGACAGCUAUAAGAGACCGUACCUGAUCAAAAUCACAUCCGACUGGUGUUUCAGCUGUAUCCACAUUGAACCGGUCUGGAAAGAGGUUGUGUUGGAGCUGGAAGCCUUGGGUGUGGGGAUUGGUGUGGUGGACGUUGGUUAUGAGAGACGUCUGGCCAAUCACCUCGGUGCUCACCGCACCCCAUCCAUACUGGGGGUCAUCAACGGGAAAGUGACCUUCUUCCACUACGCUGUGGUGAAGGAGCACCUGAGGCAGUUUGUGGAGGACCUGCUCCCUCAGAGACUGGUUGAGAAGGUUACAGACAGAAACGACUUUCAAUUCCUGAACAGCUGGCAUGAGCAGAACAAGCCGCACGUUCUUCUGUUUGACCAAGUGCCUGUAGUUCCACUCUUGUACAAGCUGACUGCUUUCGCCUAUAAGGAUUAUGUUCAGUUUGGAUACGUGGACCAGGGCCUGUCAGAGACUGCGAACCUACUGAAGCAGUUCAACAUCAACACCUACGCCCCCACCAUGCUGGUCUUUAAGGAGAGUACAGACAAGCCUGCAGACAUUAUACAGGCUAAAGGGAUGAAAAAACAAAUCGUCGAUGAAUUUAUAACAAACAACAAGUUUCUCCUCGUCCCUCGACUGGUGAACCAGAAACUGUUUGAUGAACUUUGCCCUGUGAAGCAGUUCCACCGACGCAGGAAGUACUGUGUUCUACUGAUCACUGGUGAUGAGGAGUCCUAUACCAUAGGAAACCAGGCCUUCCUCACAUUUGCCUCUACCAACACUCUGGAGGUGGUGAGGUUUGCCUACGUCUACCAAAGACUGCAACAAUCACUGUGUGAUAUUCUGCUGAAGACUAAGGACAGCACACCUCCACCACCACAGGUGUUCAUCUUGGAGCGUCGUAACCCAGCAGGGAAGGUCCUGUACAAGGAGGUGGCGGGUGGUUGGAAUGGUACUGAUGAGGAUAAACAACGUCUGUUGGAUGAGCUGGAGAGGCUGCAGAAAGACCCCACCAUCCUCAACUACGACGCCAUGCUGCCGGAGCUCAACAAUGAGUUUGCCUCUAUGUUUCUUAUUCGAUGGAUCUAUACAGCAUAUGAUUACAUUUCUGAAAUCCUUGAUGAUAUUCUUCAUAAUAAUUGGCGUGAGAUGAUGCCCCUCCUGUCGUUGAUAUUCUCUGCCUUAUUCAUCUUGUUUGGCACUGUGGUGGUUCAGGCCUUCAGUGACUCUAGUGAAGAUGGCAAAUCCAAACCAAAGGCAAAAGAAGGAACUAAGGCAGAAAAUGGGUCACCGGGUAGCAGCAGCACCUCAAGUCGCCCACCGAAGAAGAACUUUGUGGAGGUGACGGAGCUGACAGACAUCACAUACACCAGUAACCUGGUGAAGCUGAGACCAGGCCAUAUGAACGUGGUACUGGUGCUCACUGAUGCCACCAAGAACGUCUUACUCAGCAAGUUUGCCAAAGAAGUCUACUCUUUCACCGGGAGCCUGACUCUGCACUUUUCCUUCCUGAACGUGGACAAGCACAGUGCAUGGAUGGAAACACUGUUGGAGUUUGCCCAGGACGCCAUGCAGAUAGACACCGAAGAGGAUGACUGUGCCCGCCACAAGAUAGACUACACAGGCUAUGUGCUGGCACUCAACGGCCAUAAGAAGUACCUCUGCCUCUUCAAGCCUGUCUACACCGGGGAGGAAGGUGGGUCCUCUGAGGAGGAAGGGCCCGGGGGAGCUACUGGGGGAGGAAAGAGGUCCGGGUCCAGGGACGACCACCCACCACGCAGGUCUACGCCCAGGUCCCGCUCCACCGCCACACUGCAGAUCCACCACAAACUGGACCGCCUGGGGCUGUGGAUGGAGAGGCUUAUGGAGGGAACUCUGCCCCGGUACUACAUUCCUGGCUGGCCGGGCCUGGACAAGAUCACAGGCCCCAAAUAGAAAUCGUGUCAAUUACUGUACGUUGUGAAAAAAUAUCCCCAAAAAGAUAUGCUUGGAAGUCUGAGAUGCAUUGCAUGCACACAUCCCAAGUCAGGAUACAGGCCUAAAUGGACACAUACCUAAGCUAUCUGUGUUUAAAAGCCAAGACGACACCGAGGUAUCCUCAUGGCUGUGUUCAGGGGGAGGAGGCUACUGUAUGUUUUGAGUGAUUGCACUAGGACAUGGUUUGAAAAAAUUACUUUCAAUAGUGAGGUUGGCUUGGCUCAUUGCGACAACUGUAUUACAUGUAUCUGCCAUCAUGUUCUGCUGGAGUUCUGCUGCCUUUUUUGCACUUGAAAUAUUUAUUUGUUACGGAAGCACUUCUUAAAGUAGGUUCAGUUAAAGAGGGAGGGUACAGAAUAUAGUGGAUCUCAAAGCAACAACCAUUGAACAAUUCCUAGAUUGCUUUCCCUUUCGGAUCCCUUCCUCUGCAUGCUGUCAUUAGAACUAAGUAGCUAACUAAUAUCUACUGCUGUUACAACCUCUAGAUGAGCUAACUGAAUCACUGUGGUCAUAAGUAGACUCAUGCCUUUUUGUAACCGUCAUCCAUUAUUAUUCAAAUAUCUAAUAUAUCAGAUUGUGCUUUAAUAUUAGCUUCACUGUCCCAAUGGUGAUUGGUCAGUACUGUGAAUAGAGAUGCAUGUCUCUACUAGAUCUAUUUUCUUCACCAUUUUGACCUCACUCUAAAAAAUAUGUUUUAUUCUUGUGCAAUAUAUACUGUAACUACAAUGCCUUCCAUUUAUCCUUGGCUGCUAAUAUUUCAUGUUCAUUCUUAUUCAUGUAGAAAUAGGCUAUUUAAAAAAAGUCUAUAACGUUAUACUUUAGGCUUUUGUUACAUGACCAAGCUUUUUGCAUUAGUCUAUUUCCCUUUAUUUUUUACGUGAAAGAAAAGAGAAACCCGCACACUGCUCUUGCUAGUAUCACUGUUCUUUAUUAGGCUUUACGUAUCGUCCUCUUGGCCUUGGUCAGAGCUUUUUUAGUUUUACAACAGAACUUGGCCAGUGGCUUCAUGUAGCAAUGAUCUAGUAUACAGUGGCUUGUGAAAAUAUUCACCCCCCUUGGCAUUUUUCCUAUUUUCUUGCCUUACAACCUGGAAUUAAAAUAGAU